CCCACCGCUGAAGUCUGAGAAGUGAAACUGAUACAGAGCCGUGUUCCUCUCAGAUGUGAAGAUGAGCUUAAUUAUUUGUCUUUUUCUGUCAGGAGUUCUGUUCAUCUGUGACGGGCUUCAUGUUCUCGGCCCCUCUGGUCCUCUGAUUGUAAAGCUGGGGGGCUCAGUGAUGCUGCCCUGUUACGUUGAAGCCCCCAUAUCACCGGAACAGCUGGAAGUGGAGUGGAAGAGAACAGACUCUGACACUUUAGUACAUUUAUUCCAAGAUGGAGAGUGUAAACCAGAGGCUCAGGACCAGGCUUACAGUGGAAGAGCCAGUUUCUUUACUGAGGAGGUCAAGCGUGGAAACUUCUCUCUCCUGCUCACAGAUCUGGUGACUAACGAUGCAGGAGUUUACAACUGUACCGUUUACAGACAACAGGAAACUGAUCAAACUUCGGUUGAAAUUGAGUAUUUGAUUGUGACUGGAGGUCAUGCUGUAUCUGCAUAUGUACAUGAAGACUUCACUCUGAGUUGCUCUGUAGACUCCCAUAUCUCACCUGAAGAGCUUGAAGUGGUCUCAUGGAAGAAAGUGGAUCAAGACAUUACAGUGCUGGUCUUCCAAGAGGGUGAGGUCCAGACAGAUUUUACCCACGAGAGAUUCAGAGACAGAGUCGAGUUCUUCGGCCCUGAAGAAAUCCACAAAGGAAACUUCUCACUCAGAAUAAAGACUCUACGCAUGGAGGACAAAGGCCUGUAUAGAUGUGAAGUGCUCUCUGGGGAGGUUUCAGCUCACACAACUGUGGAAAUACUGCCUUUGGAGUAUUUGAUUGUGACUGGAGGUCAUGCAGUAUCUGCAUAUGUACAUGAAGACUUCACUCUGAGUUGCUCUGUAGACUCCCAUAUCCCACCUGAAGAGCUUGAAGUGGUCUCAUGGAAGAAAGUGGAUCAAGACAUUACAGUGCUGGUCUUCCAAGAGGGUGAGGUCCAGACAGAUUUUACCCACGAGAGAUUCAGAGACAGAGUCGAGUCCUUUGGCCCUGAAGAAAUCCACAAAGGAAACUUCUCACUCAGAAUAAAGACUCUCCGAAUGGAGGACAAAGGCCUGUAUAGAUGUGAAGUGCUCUCUGGGGAGGUUUCAGCUCACACAACUGUGGAAAUACUGCCUUUGGGUUUUUCCCACAUACACAAUAUAAUACUGGUCCUCUGUAUCUUUACUUGUUUGGGUGGAUUUCUUAGCUCCAUCCUAUACACUUUUUAUAAAGAGCCCGGCAGUUGCACAGAAAUCAUACAGCAUGUUCUUGUCUUUGGUCCAAACAUUCUUAUGUUUGUGGCCUUCAUCAUUUGGGGUGUGCUUAAUGGAUUUAUCAGUGAGGCUGCCACUUGUUCAACUAUUAAUCUUCUAAGGACUCUUUGGCUACUUGUAUUUUGUCCAUACUUUAAACGUUUUCAUGGCAGACUCCAAAGAUUCCUUGCAGUGCCACUUAUCACAGUGGAAUGGGUUGUGUUGUCUGUAAUUGCUGCUGCAGUGAUUGGACGGCAUGGCUGGGGAACACAGAAUAUCUUAUGGAUGGGUUUUGCUGGAUUUUCACCGGUGUUGAAUAUUAUCGUCAUUGUAGCCGUCAUCUUGAUUGUUUUGUCUGGCAGUGAUUGGACUGCGCUUUGCCUUUUUUUUGCAGUAAUCUUUCGAUGUGUCGCAGAUGGCUUCAUGCUAGUGAUACUUUUUCUCACUCGUGAAGUGAUCGACACUAAUGGUAAUGUCGGACUAAUCCUGUUGACUAUCCUCUCAGUGUGCUGUGUGAUCUUGGUAUUCACUGUAAUUUGGCGUUAUGUCAGGGGUGAAAUGGCUGAAUUACUGGCACUGAUCAGAAAACUAUAUCCAUCUGGAGCAGCAGUCCUGUUUAUUGUGAACUCUGUCACACUGGUAGUAGAACUUAUCAGACAAGCAGGAGAAGGUGAACGCACAGUGGAAGAUCUGCGACUGAUUCUCUUACCAUUUGAAGCUGCCUUUCUCAUCAUAUGUUCUUUUGUAUCCUGGCGCUCAUGUUGUUGACCCAAUUGGAGUGCAGUGUUGUAGCUGGAAGAAUAGGGGCAGCACUCGUAAACCAGCGUGGAGGUCCUGAAACACUGGAGACUUUAUCUCACUGAUUGAUCUCACCGAGUCUGCUUGGCUUUGCUUUCACUCUUAGGUUGCUGACUCUCAUGUCAGGUUUGUUGGUGUCCUAUUUGGGCACUGUGGGUUUUACCUGUAGGGUCACAUGUUUGUUGCUGUUGGAGUUUGGAGUUACUAAAAUUUAGUUGUUCAACUGUCAAACAUCAAAAACUACCAAACAUUUUGGGUAAACAUUAUGCAUUUUUACAUAUUUGCUGAUUUUGACAAUAUUUAUGACACAAAAAGUCUUGGGCUUAGUAUUUUAUAUUUUUUAUGACAGUUGUGUGGUUUUUUUGUGCCAAAACAGUCAUAUUUUGUUUUUUACUGAACAAUCUUCCAACUUCUGUUUAUUCCUUUGAAUGAAUGAUGUUGUUUUUGUUGCUGUUCCUUUAAGACAGAUAUAUGCAAAUGAUAUUUGUUCUCAUCUCUCUUGUCUUCUCUUUUUAAAUGUUAUUUAUUUGUUUUUCCCUGAAAGGGGCCCUUUACUAUUUAAAGAUAAAGUCCCCACAUAUUAAUGUAUUACUGGUUAACCAAUAAUGUAAAACUUAACAAUUGUAACUCACUUCUUUAUCAUGAACAAUUCCAAUUUCAGUGGAAUGGUCACUGAAUGUCAGGGCAGCUGUCCAGCAUUCAGGAUGAUUUCUUUGUACUUUCCUUUUAUGUUGGGGUUUGAAAUGAAAUUGAAGUGAAAAAACUGAGCUGUUUCAUUCAGUGUAUGACUGCAUCAUGUGAAGUCUAUGGAGUAAAGGUGAGAGUUUUUACACAUCACUGAGAUAUUUUUGAACAAACCUUUGUGAUACACUGCAUAAGACCAACACAGUGUUCAUGCUGCUGUAGUGCUCCCAGGAUGAUUUGGUCUGUUGGUAAAGAUGAGAUAAAAGGCUUUGGAGAAAAUGUCUUUGUUUAUUUUCAUCUUAAUAAACCAUCACUGAGAGGAGG